UUUUCUGUUCUUAAACCCAAAACGACUAAAAAAAAAAAAAGUGAUCUUGGUGUUAAACAAAAAUGUAAUGUAACCAAUAAAGAAAUGUAAAGAAGCGAAGAGAGAAGGAAAAGGAAACGGUCGAAAAACUUACCGGCGAACAGCAGGCGAAAGCGAAACGAAAUUAUUUCGCUUUUGCAAAAUCAAAAUUCGAAAUUCAAAAAAGCAAAGUUAAAACAAACAAAUAAAAUCCACAGUUCUUCAAGUUCCUCGUUUCGGUAUUUUUUUUUAUGUUAUUAUUCUUCAGUUGUUUUGUGUUCGUGUGAAGAAGAAGAAGCAGAGGAGCCGCAAAAAAUAUAAAACUGCACAAAGCGAAGGCGCAGAGAAUACAAAUACGAAAAACAAAGUAAAACCAAAUACAACAACAAAACGAGCGGGCAAAGCAGCCAACGAAUCAGCAACAAAAACAAAAAAUCAAGCAGUGAAAGGAGAGAAAGAAGCAGUAGUUGAGAAAACAGAAACAGCAGCAGCUGCAGCAGUAGCAACAAAAACUGCGCGCCAAAGCAACAGCAACAAGAGCAACAGCAACAAGAAGCAGAACAACAAAACUAAGAGCAGCAAACACAAUUAAAGAGAGGCCACAUGAGCAGCAGCGUGACGCCGACGCCGACGCAGACGCAAACGUCAACGACUUAUGUGACGUUAUAUGGCGAGCAUGAAAAGUGAAAUGCCGCCACUGCAUGCGGCAGAGGCGCUUGCCUCGAGCAGCAGCAGCAGUGCCACAGACAGUGGUGGGGGUGCUGGUGCUGCUGGGGGUGGCGCAGGUGGAGAUGAUGGAGCUGAUGCAGCAACAGCAGCAGCAGCAGCGACAACAGCAUCAGCAGCGACAGCAGCAACAGUUGCUGCUGCUGGUUCUGGAUCCGGUUCAGCGCCGGCAACACCAAAUGCGAAUGCAACAAUAAGUGCGGCCGCCGAUUCCAGUGAUAAUCAGCCGGGCACACCGCAACCAACACAACAACAGCAACAGCAGCAAGCACAACAGCAACAGUCGCUCAUGUCGGCCGAUGCACAGCAGCAACAACAGCAACAGGCUGCUGGCAUUACGCAUCAACCGUAUGCAACACAUCACAUGUAUGCCACAAGUGCACAGCAGCAACAGCAGCAACAACAACAGCAGCAGCAACAACAGCAACUUUAUGGCAGUCUCUAUGCCAGCGACAUGCAACAACAACAGAGUUAUGCUGCCAGCAGCUACAUCAACAGCUACGAGCAAUUCUAUCAGCAACAACAGCAGCAGCAGCAACAACAACAACAGGGCGCCACAGACUAUGGCAAUGCCUAUGGUGACUACAGUAAAGCCUCGGGUGUGCGUUAUCAUCCGUACUUGCAGCAACCGACAUCAGUGUUGCCCGUUGCCUCAGCUGCAGCAGCAGCAGCCGUUGCCGCUGUUGAGGAGUCAGCGGCAGCAACAGCUGUUGCGGUAAGCACAUCAACAGCAGCCGCAGCAGCGGCGGCAGCAAUGAGUCCGCGUGUUGUCAGCAGCAGCAGUCCAACAUCAACGUCAUCGCACUUGCAACAACAGACACCAAGUUCGCCAGGUGGUUGCAAGUUGUACUGCAAGAAAUGUGGCAUCGUCAAGGCCAACGAAUCCGAGUUGCAGGAACAUAUUGCCAAUGUGCAUGGAGAGUCGCCGUACGGCAGCAGCGGCUAUGCGAGUUCGCCGUACAUCAAGGAGGAGAUGCCGCUGCCGACGCCAACAGCAACUGUUGCCGCCGCUGUGGCAGCAGCAGCCAGUGGUGAAUUGCUUGACUUGGACUCCCAAAAGAUGGUGUAUCAUCAGCAAAUGUUGCAGCAGCAACAACAACAACAGCAGCAGCAACAACUUGAGGCAGGACACUUGCCACCGGAUCCGUUGCACUCGAUGCAGUCGAUGCAACAACGUGCAUUGCACAGUUGGGAGCAACCACAGUUGCUGCCAUCUAGCGAGGGAUUGCCACCGUACAUGCAACACGCACAUCCGCACGCGCAUCCGCAUGCACAUCCGCAUCCGCAUGCAUUGAUGGAUAAGUCCCCGUACUCACCGUAUUCCCACACGCAUUCCCCGCCGAAGCAAUCAGCUUAUAAACAGGAAUAUGCCAUGAUUAAAUCGGAAUACGCCGACUCGCAACAUUAUGUGGAUAAGUCGUUUGAUCCCACGGCAGCCGAGGUUGUGGCAAGUGCCGCACAAAUGGCCACAAGUCCAGCCGAAUUUCCCAGCACCACAACGGGCACGAGUCAGGAUAAUGGCAGUGUUGCAGGUGCAGGUGUUGCUGGUGGUGCAACACCUUCUCCCUAUCGCGGCUUUGAGCCACCGAGCUCAAGUUCCGUGUUGCCGGCGAACAGUUUGACCGCCAAGGCGGCAACAUGGAAAUCGAAUGAGGCACGUCGCCCCAAGACCUACAAUUGCACCGCGUGCAACAAGUGGUUCACCAGCUCGGGGCACUUGAAGCGACACUACAACACCACGUUGCACAAGAAUGCGGUCAAGUCGAGUGGCCAACCCGAUCCUGCCACAUUGCCCAUCUCGGCGCAUCAUCAUCCGUCGCGAGAUCCGGUGACGAAGACAAGUCGUCGUGGCAAUGCGGCAGCCGCAGCAGCAGCAGCAGCCGCCGCCGCGGCAGCAGCAGCAGCACAAGAGACGACACCAGUGGCGCCACCAGAGCCGCCAAGAAGUCCGCCCGAUUAUGGUGGUGGUGGUGGUUGCGGUGGUGGUGCGUCGGUGGGAGCCGCCAUGUCGCAAUAUUCAGCAUCGCCGUCACCCACCACAGCACAGCAGCAGCAACAUCUGCUUGCCACAAAUGGUUAUGCCACAAAUGGGCAUGCUCAUGGUCACUAUCAUGGCUACAACAUGCAGCAGCAGCAGCAGCAGCAACAAGUGCAAUCGACAACAAAUGCGUCGCCACAGCAUGCCAACAACAACGGCAGCAGCAAUCAUAGCAGCAGCAGCAGCAGCAACAACAACAACAACUCGACAACAACCGCUUUGAACGGUCACCCAAACGGGCUAGCAGGUCCCUCCGCCCCAAUCAACAACAACAACAUCACACAAAUGCCGUCCUCCCAAAUGAGGGGCCUGCUGAACAAAACAACCACCAACAACACACGAACAACAACACCCACAACAGCCACAACACCCACAACAACAACAACAGCCACCACACCCACAACAACAACAACACAACAACAGCAACAACAGCAACAAGUCAUAGCUAUAAAGAGCGAACAAAUGGAGGACAGCAACAACUCAGCAAUGGAACAGCAGCAACAGCAGCAGCAGUUGGAGCUGGAAGUGGAGGAGCAGGAAUUGCAGCAACUGGAGGAGCAGCAGCAGCAGCAGCAACACGUAUUGCUGGCAGCAGCAGCACAUCACCAGGAGCAACAGCAGCAGCAGCAGCAACAGGUCAGCUAUCUGCUAUCGUCACGCCCAUAUCACAGCAACAGCAACAACAGCAGCAACAGCAGCAUGCACAGCAACAGCAACUCGCCCCUUACUAUUUACCAGCAGCACCAACAGCAGCAACAGCUGUUGCCGCUGCCGCCGCCAAUGGAUUUCUCACGCACCCCUCCGCCAGCGCCGCUGUUGCCGCCGCCGCCUAUGGCAGCGCUGCUGCCGCCUAUGGCAAUGGACUACAACAUGCUGGCUUUGGAUAUGCAGCAACAGCAGCAGCCGCACAGCAAUAUGCUGCAGUGCAGCAGCAACAUCAGCACGCCGCUGCAGCAGCAGCAGCAGCCGGCUAUUACCACCACCAUCACCACCAACCCCACCACCAGCAUCAACCACACGCUCCACACGCACCACCACCACACAUUGCACACGCUCACGCACACGCACACGCACACCAAUAUGGACAUGGAAUGCACCACUAUGCAACAGCCGCAGCAGCAGCAGUUGCCGGUGCAACAGGUGCAACAUUAUCUGGAGCAACAGCAGCUGUCGCCGCAGCAGCACCAACUGUUGCUGGCGGCAGCAGCAGUGGACAACAGCAAUCACAGUAUAGCCAGCAACAGCAGCAAUACACCCAGCAGCAGCAACAGCAACAACUCCACCAACAGCAGCAGCAGCAGCAACAACAUCAGCAACACCCUGCCAUGCUACCAGCAACUGCCGCCAUUGCUGGAGCACACAAUGAGCUAUCACACUAUUAUUGGUAAUGAUGGCUACGAUACGGCAUACACUAGCGAUGGACAGAUCUUGCAACUAAUGCCAGCCUCAUUGUUUGCCCCAUAUGCCCCAUUGUCGCCGUACUCGGUGGCAGCACAACGUUCGCCACAAGAGGGUGAUUUACCGCCGGUGCAUACGUUGACAACGGCGUUGCAUGCACAGCAUGCGCAGGAGGCACAGCAGCAGCAUCAUCAUCAUCAUCAGCAGCAGCAACAGCAGCAGCAGCAGCAACACACGUUGCCGGCAACAACAACAUUAACGCUGCUUGCCACGCCCACACCAUAUUCGCCCACAGUGAGCAGUUCACGUGCAACGCCAGCAUUGGAAUUGGACAUGGCAACACUUAUGGCACAACAGCAGCAUCAGCACCAGCAGCAGGACUAUGAACUGGAGCAAUAUCAGUUGCAGCAACAGCAACUUGAGCAGCAACAACUCGAGUUGCAGCAGCAGCUGCAACAACAACAACAGCAACAACUUGAACUCGAACAGCAACAGCAAUUGCAACAACAAACUGUUGCCGUGUUGCCGAAAAAGCGACGCGCUGCCGCAGCAACAGCAGCAACAUCCACAACAACUGCGGCCCAACAGCCGCCGAGUAAGCGACGCCGUUAUAGCAGCGUUGGAUCCACAUCGCCACAUUCCACAACGUUGCCAUCGGGACGCAUCAAGUGCUUGGAAUGCGACAAGGAGUUCACCAAAAAUUGCUACCUAACUCAGCACAACAAGAGCUUCCAUUCGGGUGAGUAUCCAUAUCGCUGCCAAAAGUGUGGCAAGCGUUUCCAGAGCGAGGAUGUGUAUACCACGCAUUUGGGGCGACAUCGUACACAGGACAAGCCACAUAAAUGUGAACUCUGCCCCAAGCAAUUCCAUCACAAGACCGAUUUGAGGCGACACGUUGAGGCAAUCCACACGGGAUUGAAGCAACACAUGUGCGAUAUUUGUGAAAAGGGUUUCUGUCGCAAGGAUCAUUUGCGCAAACAUCUCGAGACACACAAUCGUCCACGUGUUGUUGGCAAAAAGGCAGCAGCAGCAGCCGCUGCCGCCGCAGCAGCCAAUGCAGCAGCAGCAGCCAAUGCAGCAACUGCAACAGCAACAGCAACAAUUGCUGCUGGCAUUAAGACUGCAUUUAGUUUGGCAAAUGCAAAGGCAGCCAGCGUUUUGUCAGCUCUCAAACACGACACGGUGGCAGCUGACGAUGAUAGUUUGCUAGACGAUGAUGAAGAUGACGAAGAUGAUGAACAGCAGCAACAGCAGCAUCAGCAACAGCAAUCACAACGCCAGCAACUGUUGCUCAGCAGUGAUCAUCAUUUGAUUAAAAACGAAUUUGUUGAGAUUAAGCAUGAGUAUGAGGAGGAAUUUACAGAGGAAUUUCACAUUAUUGAAAAGGAUAUUGAAAUGUAUUAAAUUGGGAGGGGAAAUUGUAGGUGAUAGGGAUUCUAUGGGGCUAGGUGAUAUGAACUUGAGUACAGCUCUAGGCUGCAGUGUAUUGUGUCUUCAAAGCCGCAAAACGCUUUGUUUUGGGCCCCCUUUUCCCCUCUACCUCCCUCAAAAAAGGGGCACAAAGAUCCUCAGUUGCAUCUUGCGCCUUUUUUUUUGCUUCAAUGUUCGUAAUUUUUUAUCAAUUUUUGUAAUUAAAGAAAACGCAUUUUUAUUGCGCUGCAUGCAAUAAAUUGUUGUUUUAAAACGUUAUUAUUAUU